CUGAAUAUAUUAAGGUUAGUACUAGUACACACAAGAGAAUCCUUUGCCUCAAGUAUCUUUCUCUGUUCACACUUCACACAAAACAAAACUCAACCAAAAAUAAAUAUUCACACUUAUGCUUACAACAAGAUCUAGGGUUCAAAUUUCCUAUAAAAUGCAAAAAGGUACUCCUGGUACAUGGAGUUUUCUGAAUAUGAAGUGAAACUCCAUAGAGUAUAAGAAUCGAAGUGACAAAUGAAAAUAAGUGCAAGGGUCUGUUAAAUCAUUUCGUCCUUUGGCUCUGAGGAAUUCUUGUUGGUGUUGUUACUCUCAAGUAUUUAGUACCCCAAUGUAAAUGAAGAUAGCAGCUGGUUGGUGCUUCCAAGAAGAAUACUUUUUUGGCUCGCUCCAAACACAUUUUUUAUUAUAAAAAAUAGAGAGAAAAAGAGAAGUUUCUUGUAAAUUCUUCUUCCUUGGUUAGUAAGAAAUUUAGGUGAAGAAGAAAAAAGGUAAUCUAUGGCUAACCGAUGGUGGGCUGGAAAUAUAGCAAUGAAUCCAAUGGAAGAAGAAAAUAAAAUCGAAUCAAACAGACUCGGCAUGAGAAGAGAGCAAGAGUUCAUGAAUACAACCACCACGACGAAUAGUAGUGGGAGCAACAACAAUCAAAAUCCAAAUGAAUUGCUUCUUGAAGGUGAUCAUGAAGGAGGUGGACCGUCCAGCUCGUCAGGAGCUGGACGGCGUAGACCCCGAGGAAGACCACAGGGUUCAAAGAACAAACCCAAACCACCAAUAGUGGUAACUAAAGAAACACCAAAUACCCUUAGAAGCCACGUGUUGGAAAUUAAAUCAGGAAGUGAUAUAGUAGAAAGCAUCGCCACGUUCGCGAACAGGCGCGGACGUGGUGUGUCAGUAUUGAGUGGGAGUGGCAUAGUAAGCAACGUGACUUUACGCCAGCCGGCUGCAGCCGGAGGCGUGAUCCCGUUGCACGGUAGGUUCGAGAUUUUAUCUCUAUCCGGCGCGAUUCUACCCUCGCCGGAUAGUCCAGUAGGGGCUACUGGACUAACUGUGUACUUGGCUGGAAGCCAAGGACAAGUUGUUGGAGGAAAUGUUGUAGGGGAAUUGAUGGCAUCAGGGCCAGUUAUGGUUAUUGCUGCAACUUUCACAAAUGCAACAUUUGAAAGGUUACCAUUUGAAGAUGAGGAUGAGAAAGAGGAGGAUAAUGCAAAUGAAAGGAUGCAAAUGCAAUUACAUACAACUUCAGGGGUUGGAAAUGAAAAUUCUGGUAGUUUGCAAGCUGAUGAUUCAAUGUACAAUUUACCCACUAAUGAUUUGCCUAAUGAACAAAUGACCCAUGAAGUUUUUUGGGCUCCUCCUCCUUCAAGGCAUCCUCCAUAUAACUAGUUAGUUACUUUUUUAGUUAGUAAAUUUUAUUAGUAGAUUAUAAAAUGUUGUUAACUUUUUAUGAUCCUAUUUGUAUUUCUUGUGAAUCUUUUCAUUUUAAUUAGGUUUUAGGUUAUGUUUGUAUCUUUUGUAUCCCUAGAAGUUUAUCAAUUUGGUUUGUUCUCUAAGCUAAACUCUUUUGUAGAAA